AUGGUGAUGGAUGGGAGAGUGGGAGUGGGAGAGGGUGCGGGAGAGGGUGGGCGGGGGAAAGAAGGUGUAGGCGUGGGGAUUCGGGCACUGGAUUCACAAUCGCAACUACAACCACAACCACAACCACAACAUGCCCACCCCACAGAAACAACACCCCUCCUCCCCCAAAAAAUCACACAUCCUGCCCCUAGUGCGACGGGCUCGCUGUCUGCUGGCGGUGCAAGGAGAGGAGGAGGAGGUGGUGGUGGUGGUGGGGAGGUGGAGUAUAGGCAUAAUGGCGCAGACACCGAGCGCCAAAGCAGGCGCGACUCUGGAGUUUUGAAACAGCGGGGGGAUGUGGAAAUGAUGAAGCGAAUGGGGUUGAUAUUUCCUGCAAUUGGGAUUGGGGUCUUCCUCUCAGCCGCAGACCAAACCCUCAUCGUAUCCACCUACGGCACAAUCGGCACCGAACUACACGCUCUAAACUCGACCUCCUGGAUCGCAACCUCGUACUUUCUCACCCUGUCGGCCUUCCAGCCUGUCUAUGGCAAGCUCAGCGACAUCUUCGGCCGCAAGCAAUGUCUGCUGUUUGCCUACCUGGUCUUUGGCAUUGGGGCGACGUUGUGUGGACUGGCGCGGAACAUGGGCGAGUUGGUUGCGGCGCGGGCGUUUGCUGGGGUGGGAGGGGGCGGCAUGGCGGUUUGUACGAAUGUGUUGAUGAGUGAUAUUGUGGGGUUGAGGGAUCGGGGUACCUGGCAGGGCUAUAUCAAUGUGGUGUAUGCGGCGGGGGCGGCCAUGGGGGCGCCGCUGGGAGGGUUGCUGGCGGAUAGUGUGGGGUGGCGAUGGGCGUUUAUGGCACAAGGGCCGGUCUGUGUGCUUGCGUUUGUGGCGGUUGCUUUGGUGUUGCGGCUACCGGCGCGGGAUCAGAGUGGGUGGAAAGAAAAGGUGCUCAAGGUGGACUUUUUGGGUGCGGGAGUGCUGAUAGUGGCGGUUUUUGGCGUGUUGGUGGGCUUGGAUCGCGGGUCGAAUGUGUCCUGGAGGGAUCCGGUUACUGUUGCCGGACUGUGUAUGACACCAUUGUUCGUGGUGUUUGUUCUGGUGGAGAAGUAUGUGGCCAGCAAUCCCUUUGCUCCUGGGCACAUCAUUCUCAACAAGACGCUGUUCGCCUGCUAUCUCUGCAACUUCUUCGCUUUUGGAGGUUGGCUUUCGGCCCUCUUCUUCAUACCGCUGUACUGGCAGGUCAUUGGCGAUUACCGCGCGUCCCAGGCUGGCCUCUUGCUCGUUCCAAGCAUCGUCUUUGGGGUGGGCGGAUCCCUCUUUGGCGGCUUCUACAUGAAGCGCACGGCAAAGUACUACUGGAUCACUGUACUGGCCUACUCGAACCUGACAUUCGGCCUCGCCCUUACCAUCCUGUUUACCGGCAUUAUUCGCGAGAGCAUUCCAGUCAUGGUAGUAGGAUCAGCCAUCUGCGCGUUUUCCAACGGAAUCGGUGUAACAACCACACUCAUUGGGCUUUGUGCGUAUUCCGGUUCAAUUCUCUUGCAAGAGCUAAUCGGGAUGACAGUGGCAAAUGCAUCGUAUACCGACCAGGCCGUAGCAACAGCAUGCAGCUACUUAUUCCGUUCCCUGGGCUCCGUCUUUGGCAUUUCAAUGUGCGCUACAGCCUUCAACCAGACACUGCGCCGCUCUCUCAUGACCGCCCUGAACGGUGACAAAGAUGCGGCGGAGAUUGCAGAGCGCGUGAGGGCGGGGCUGUCGUACUUUAGAGGUUUGGAUCCUGCACUCAAGAUGGUGGUGAGGGAGUGCUACGUCAAGGCCACGAGAGCGGCGUUGUGUGUUAGUAUUGCGCUGGUUGCUGGCAGUGCUGUGUUUGCGUGGUGGAUUGAGGAGAAGACUUUGGAUAGUAAACAGGCCGUAGUGGGUGAGGAGGAGUAG